AUGGGAUUAUUUUGUUUAAAAUCAUUAUAUAAAUGUAUUAUGUGCGUUUGUACAUACCAUAAAAAUGUAUCACUAAAUACAAUCAAAGAUCAUUUUAAGCGUCAACAUGAUAAUAAAUAUAAAUCAAUUGAAGAGCAGGAGUAUCUAAGAAUAAAAAAUAAUAUUACAUUAAAUACAAUGCGUAAUGUCACUGUUAUAGAAGAUGAUGAAGAAUAUAUUACGGAAUUACCCACGCGACCUAUUGUUAAUAAAGAUUCCAUUUAUGAGGUUAAAGAUAAAUAUAUGUUAAAUAUACAACAUAGUAUUAAAAAUUCGAUUUCUGAGAAAGAGGAUGUUGAUUUGAAGAAAAAUUUAUCAUUUGAUUAUGGUAGUAAACGACAAAAAAUUGGAAUUAUUAUCGAUGAUAAGAAUAUAAAUUUUCAACUAAAAGAAUCAAGAUUAGUUAUGAAUAAAUAA